UUCUGUAUUUCUUAAUAAAGCUUGCUUCUUCUAGCCGUCAACGUUAACGUUACAUAAUUUUGCACAAGCAGCACGUCCUGAGUCCGCCAAAUUACAAAUAAAGCGGUGUCCUACGUGCUUUCAAGAGUGUAUAUUCAUUCCACAGACACACAUUUCCCUAAGUGGUUUCUCACUAGAUGUGGCAAUUAUACCCAGUAUAUCGAAGAAAGAAAACUAUUAUAUUGUCUGCUCAAUUUCUCCGCGUAGUGUGUACGUUGGGUUCCUGCGUUGGGUCAACAAUGGCGGGUUUUCCUACCCAAGCUAUACCGUGAUGCUCUAGCGGCCCGACCCGACCCGGGCGGGAUUUGAGCGCGAAGUUCUAUUCGUGUUGAGGGGAGAGUGCUGAUUCGCAAAAUGAUCGGGUCAGGUCCUAAUAUGCCGUGUCUGCAUUUUUUUCGGCGUAAUUGUGUAACUCCCUGUACAUUUUGACGUUCUUGAUGGAUGACAAGCAUUAUCUUAUUUUAAAAACACAUGCAUAUUGUUGUUUUAGGGAAUUAAAGUCAAACCCAACCUGUCUAGAAAUAGCCAACACUUAAGUAUUGGAGUAGAAUAUUGUUCAUAACUGUCCAUUGUCACUUGUAUAUCUACUAUGUUCAUACUAUGUAGUUGCAAUUAGCCUUUGGGCACGAACUUGCAAGUAGACUUCUCUAUAUCAAACCUAGUUAAACGAAAGUUAUUUAUUUGUACCUUCGAAAUAUUUUUAAUCGGUACUGUCAUUUCUCACAACCAUAUAUUUCAAAAGCCUAAAGAACUGUAUUGUUUUUUUUAAAAUAAAGCUACAACGUACAAUCGAUACAUCAUCUUACUGUAUUUUUUUCACUCAUAUCACGAUGUGACCAUAUGAUAUAUAAUCACAUAUGCGACCAUAUGAUAUAUAUCAACAUGUUCAUAAAAAAGAACAACGGAUAGAUUCACAGCCAUGCAUCGCGCGCAGUGGAGACUUUACUUUACUUACAGGUUAUCAAACAAGCUCAAAGCGUUUCAAUCAAAGCUGGGUGUUGUACCGACACACGGGCAUUGAAUUUUGAAUAAGAAUGGUAUUAAGUCUUUUGUAGCAGGACACAAGCGACUUUCAAAGGUAUGAUCUUUAUUGACACUCCGCCGACGCGCCGUGGACAUUGUCUAACAAAAGCCUCCACGCGCGGAUUUGCCUGUUGUUAGCACCUCGGUCUUUAGAUUUCCCGUUUGUUGACUUUCCCGUCGUUGUUAUUUAUGACCCAUUCACACCCAGUCUGUAAAAAUGACACACAUAUCAAGUACUUGUUGUUUUUAUUGAUUGAUCCGUCACAUAUACAGUUUCUCAUAGUAAAUCACCGCCACUGCAAACAUUUAAAUCUUCUUUUUCCUCGAAAUUUUGCUAAAAAUUACAGUAUCACACCGAGGCCCUCGACACACCAAUUGUUAUAUUUAUCAAUAAUUUUUAUUAUUCCGAACGAACGACAAAGAACUACCAUCAUCAAAUUACGAAUCAGCUGCCACAAACUCCGUGUGAAAGUAUUAGAAUAGUUUUGAAUAGAACCCAUGUUUUAGAUUAGUCGUACAAACCGUGUAUACUGUAUUACGACCUUUCGUAUUUAUAUGCCUGUAUUUAUCCCGAUAGGGCAUGAAUGUGCAAUAAAGGGUAUUAUCAUCAUUAAUAAACGUUACCCGUAAUUCUGAAUUCUAAGUGUUUCGAAAGCUACUAGCAUGUAAGGCAGAUGCCGUUACCGAGUAGGUAAAGUGAACUAAAUGGAAACCCUAGUAUACAUAUAUUCUUUGUACUUUGUUAUCGCCCCUUUGUCAUUGUAUUGACUUUUGUGUAUCUGUACUUGUAUAGUAACUUUGUUCGAGUCAUGUACAGUAGUUUCGUUGUGUCAAUAAAUUACGUCCAUAACUACUAGAGUAACACACUGGGUCUUCCACUGGCUGAUCCACGGAACAUUAGGCACUGUUGAAUACUUUUAGUACUUUAAAUAGUCUUAAAGCCCUUCCUUUAUACACGCUAUGGGUUGACUAUAUAUUUAUUGUGUUAUAAUGAACAGAGGAUUAAAGCCUCUUCGCCUAUUGUAAGCCAUUAGACGCACGCGUGUAGUACAGGUCAUAACGUAAACAAUGUCCAACAUGUCAAUCAAUUAUAAUGUUAAUUAGGAGGCUUGGAUGCAAAUCAGGCGUUUUCACAGCGUAUAUAAAUUCGAACCUCUCAAACCCUGGGUCAUUCAGUGGACUUGAUCUUCACUGUACGAACAUCUCUAAACUCCCGACGAGUUUUAGUAUCUUCAGUGUUCCCUCUUCGCGCCUAUCAACGACAUGGCAGAGUUUCCGUGCGGACAGUGCAAUCAGGAUGCGGACACGUCGCCAUCGAUCAAUUGCGAUCAGUGCGAUCAGUGGAUUCACCGUAAGUGCGUGCCAAUGACACCGGCCAUAUGGGCGGAGUGGCAGACAGCUGAUCUCAAGUUCUUGUGCCCCCGCUGUGUGAAGCCAACAACCCCUGGGGAAGGACCGUACGACAUCAGGGCAGCUUUGAAAAGGGUGGCAGAGGCAGCUGCAACAACCAACAUCAACCUCCGAUCUGUGGUGAAACAGGAGCGCCUUCUGCUGAAGACAUACAAGGUCACCCUGCCCCAACUGACAGAGAAUCACGGAGCUGGGGAGGUGGACGAGACAUCCGUUGGGAUUCUACGCAACUUCCAUCCCGCACUUCUGGAAGACUACAGGCCUAUAGGGGUGCAAGGGGAUGGAAACUGUCUUUAUCGCGCAAUCUCGCAGGGAAUGUAUGGUGUGCAACACCAUCACCACCUAAUCCGACUGCUGACCGCGCUAGAGAUAGCCGAACACCCAGCCCACCAUGAUAUUCAUCACCCCAACCACGUGGACCACAUCAAAGACAGUCGACUUUUUCUGGCCGAGUACAACAUUCUUCUGCCGGAAGCAGCCAUUGAAGGAAAAGAGUCCUGUAUGCAGCAUAUCUUUGCUGCUAGUGCUGCUUUGGGACUUUGCUUUGAAAGCUACUGCCCCCCCAUGGUGCCAUCGGAGUACAUGUCACUGCCAUACACACGUAGAGUGUCAGGGCGAGGAGUCAGAACAUCAAAAGGAGUAGCCUUCACAUUGAUGUGGACAUCAACAAGUGUGGCCAACAGCUCAAGACAAUUCAAGUAAGGGUAUAAUGUUGCUUGAAUUAAGUUGAAGUAAAAUUGCAUGGCAUGUUGCACUAGGUAACUUUUAACAACCUUAACUAUAACUGCUCAAUAAAUGUAUCUAUAGUUCUCACUCUCUCUCUAUGUACAUAUACAUACACAAGAGGGUUUUUAGUAUCACAGAAACAAAACCUAAUGGCCAUACAAAAUUCAACAAACAUUAUUAAUUGUUACUUCUGUGGAUAUCACGUGGAAAAAAAUGUGAUUCUACAGCUUACAACUUGUACUAUGGUUUUAAAAAAUCAGUGCAUUAACAAAUCAUCAAUCAUCAUUUACAAAUAUGUAUAACGUUAUAAGUUUACAUUGUGUACUCAAGUCGUGUUUAUAUAAAAAUCUAAUCAUAUAAAGAAAACUUUUCAAAACCUGUCUUGGAAAUGUAUUGCCCCUCAUGUAAUUGGCUACGUUGCAUUUGACAGAACUUUUUGUGUACAGUAUGUAUUCCUUUGACAUGAUUUUCAUUAAUUUCAUACCUGGUUCUUUCUGUCUGCUUUCAGCCCAAACCACUUUGUCCUGCUGCAGCAGAAGUCUCCUACCCAUUGCUUCAUAGACACCACAGCUCCCACAGCAGCCACAGCUCCCACAGCAGCCACAGCUCCCA